AUGUGGUGCGAUGGCCAGUGCGGUCAGACAACUGGGCUUGCUCCGACACAGGGGCUCUCACCAAAUCUGGAGGAGGAGCGCUUCUCGAUGGAAUGGCCCAUGUGGCUGAUACCAGGCGACAUUCUGACGAGCUUACCCCGGAUCACUACUCAUGAGGAUCUCGUGCGAGAAGGCAAACUCCGCCAGUGGCAGCCGGGGCACCCGAGGAGAGUCGCCUUGAUCUCCCACCAGUGGGUGAGCGUGGACCAUCCGGAUCCUCAGGGCAAGCAGCUUGCUGUUCUCCAGGAGGCACUCCGAAAUAUGGCCUCAGGCAAAGCAUCCGUGGUUGUGGAUGCUUUCACUGCUGGCGAACCAGGUUUUCGACCCGGUAUUGAGCUGGCGAUGCCUUCUGCAGAGGAGCAGAGGGCUUGCCUGCAAUGGGAUUAUUGGUAUGACUACUUCAGCAUUCCACAGCUGGAUAUGCAAUCCCUGCACAUGGCUAUAAGAAGCAUUCCUGCAUAUUGCAGCGUGGUGGACUUCACUAUCGUUCUGGCACCCUGUCUCCAGCACGAGGACACUGGAGAGGUUCUCGGCGUAUUCAGCUGGCAGCGACGGGGCUGGUGUAGGCUGGAGCGAUCGGCAAGUCUUCUCGCCAGCCGCGCAUGCUUAAUUAUGGUUACAAGCCCGCAGAAGUUCGUCGUGAAAUCCGGACCAGAGUGGGUUUCCGGAUGGCCAGUUGAGGGAGAUUUUUCCUUGGAGACGGACCGCCACAUGGUGGGCGAAGUCACCAGCUUUCUCCUAUCCAUCUACCGCACAGGUCUGUUGAAGAAAGGGCACCUGCAAGCAUGGCGCUUCUACACGGCAUUGAUGUCCAAAACGAAGUUGUACCCGGACUUCCCGCCGAACGAGGGUCUUUCCCACUUCCUCCAGCGAUACAACAUGAGCGCUUCGGACUCGUCACAGCUCUCGCCCCUGAUGCUCGCAAGCAUGGAGGGCAACUUGAGCGUGAUGCAAGCCUUGCUGCGUGAAGGGUGCGACGUUGAUGCCGUGACGAAGUUUGAAAUCCCUGAAGCACAUGUUAACGGCACAAACACGGCCCUGUCUUUGGCCGCACUCUUCUCUGCACCAGAGGCGGUACAGCUGCUUCUUGAGGCUCGAGCGUCGGUGAACCUGCCCAAGGCUCAGGGCGGCGUGCCACUGCUGGCUCAGGCAAGCUACUUUGGGAACGCUGCCGUUUUGCCCUCCCUGAUGCUAGCACGUGCUGAUGUCAACGAGGGCUGCUUCGUAGUCGCCGGGGCAUUGAGUUUAUCCGCAACCAGCAGCAAUCCGAAGUGCACACGAAUCCUCCUGGAACAUAGAGCAGAUCCGAAUCUGGAGGGAACUCUGGGAGGGCGGCCGCUUUGUAUGGCGGCCUUGAUGCAAGCAGACGCACGGCACACGCAGCUCUUGUUGGAAGCCCGUGCCGACCCGAAUGGCAUCAGCCGCAGCAGCUUGGCCGAAGCUCUGACCCUGCCUCUCCGCAUCAAGUACCGACUUGGUAUUCAGGACCCUGUGGCGAUGCCCUUUAUCGCUGGCCUGGGUGGGACAGCUCUCCACAUCGCAGCCACAACCGGGUGUUUCGAACAGGCGAAAUUGCUCUUGCAGUUCCGCGCGUUUCAUUCCUGCCGGCAUGAGAUGCUAACGGACCUAACCCCGAUCCAGCUUGCGAAGGACGUCCAGGACGAAAACAUGACAGCUUUGCUACUGCUGGCUGCCGCCGGACGUGAUCUGGAGGAUUCUGAAAUCGACGACAUGGACUCUUUGUGCAUAUGA